GGCUAUUUAAUUCUCUGAUUGCGGAGAAAUAUAUGCCGGGGAGAGCCAAACACUGCAUUCCCAGGGUAGGUAGUCUCAGAUCAUGGACUACCAACUUCGGCUAUUCUCGGCAGAUGUCGUCCUAUGUCGUCCCACUUUCCUGGGUAGUCCCUUAUGUAACGCCGGAUGACUACUGUGGACUCCCACGUCUGAGGUUAUUCUUGACAUUCUAGCCUGGUCUAGCCCAGUUCGCGCCCACGGUAGUCCAAUCCCAUCUCACCCGGCGCCUAUUCAGCUCCCCGCGCCCUGCGCUCCUCAGUGGCUCCUAUGUAGUACCUUUGAUGACCCAGUGACACUUCGCUCGGACAUCAAUCUGAGAGCACGACUGUUGACAGUGGUAUUACGUAAGGAACAAAUGCCAAGAUGAGACGCUGAGAGAUGAGGGUGUCGGUAUCUGCC